CACGUAUUCAAAAUGGCGGCCGCGGCUAUGGAGACAUGGUGGGCCUUGCUGCUGUUGUCCUUGUUGCCUGUGGUCUGGCCCUUCUAUGUUCCCGGAGUCGCUCCCCGGGACUUCCAUGAGGGUGAUACAGUAGACAUUAAGGCAGUGAAGCUGACCAGCUCCCGUACCCAGCUUCCUUAUGAAUACUACUCCCUGCCUUACUGUAAGCCCGAAUCUGUUUUCUACAAGGGAGAGAACCUGGGUGAGGUGUUACGUGGCGACCGCAUUGUGAAUACCCGCUACAAUGUUGAGAUGAACAAGGACAAGAAAUGCGAGACGGUGUGUGACAAGAAAAAGCUCAGUGUAGAAGAAAGCAAGCUGGUUGCUGAGCGAAUCCAGGAGGAAUAUUACGUUCACCUUAUUGCAGACAACCUGCCAGUUGCCACCAGGUUAGAGUUUUACCCCAACAGAGAGGCAGGAGGGGAGGAGGAGCAGAAGAAGGACGUGGUGAAAGAUAUCCAGUUUGAACAUGGCUACAGACUGGGCUUUGUCGACAGCAACAAGUUUUAUCUGCACAACCAUCUGUCCUUCAUCCUGUACUUCCACAGGGAGAAGCUGGAGGAGGGGGACGUUCACAACUACAGGGUGGUGCGAUUUGAGGUCAUACCCCAGAGUGUUAAAGUAGAUGAUCUGAAGGCUGGGGAAAAAGGGACUUGCACGCUGCCUGAGGCUAGUGGCUCUGCCCCCCAGGAGAUUGAUCCGACCAAGGAGAACGAGGUCCUCUUCACCUACUCUGUCCACUGGGAGGUCAGUGACUGCUGCGUGGAUUCUCAGUCCAAAUAUGAGGUACGGACGUUACAGGAGCUGGCUCGUAUCUGCAUCCGCCACACCCUCAGAGUGACCACAGAUGGAGGAGACGGCCAAUCACGCGGCCGAGGGUCCUCAUUCAGCGUGGGCAGGGGCCUGGCAGUGGCUGGGCUCCACAAGUACGGCCCUCGCUUCAAACGCCGACGCGUCCACCGGCGCCACUGCAACGCUCUGGUCCUGGCCACCCGCCAGGUGGUGGCCAGCAGUGGCAUCGUCUCAGGUAUUCUGAGUAUGAUCAUUAUCAGGACCUUGAGAAAGGACAUUGCUAACUACAACAGAGAAGAUGACAUAGAGGACACCAUGGAGGAGUCAGGGUGGAAGAAUGUCCACGGUGACGUCUUCAGGCCGCCUCAGUAUCCCAUGAUCCUCAGCUCUCUGCUGGGCUCAGGGAUCCAGCUCUUUUGCAUGAUCCUCAUUGUCAUCUUUGUUGCCAUGUUGGGCAUGUUGUCUCCAUCCAGUAGAGGAGCUUUGAUGACCACCGCUUGCUUCCUCUUCAUGUUCAUGGGCGUGUUUGGUGGCUACUUUGCUGGCAGACUGUACCGCACACUGAAGGGCCAUCGGUGGAGGAAGGGAGCAUUUUGUACAGCAACUUUGUAUCCUGCUGUGGUUUUUGGAAUCUGCUUCAUUCUCAACUGUUUCAUCUGGGGAGAACACUCCUCUGGGGCAGUCCCCUUCACCACAAUGCUGGCCCUGCUGUGUAUGUGGUUCGGUAUCUCCAUGCCCUUGGUCUACCUGGGCUACUACUUUGGCUUCCGCAAACAGCCAUAUGAUAACCCAGUACGCACCAACCAGAUCCCUCGGCAGGUCCCAGAGCAGCGUUGGUACAUGAACAAGUUUGUCGGAAUCCUGAUGGCUGGAAUCCUGCCAUUCGGUGCUAUGUUCAUCGAGCUCUUCUUCAUUUUCAGCGCAAUCUGGGAGAAUCAGUUCUAUUACCUCUUUGGCUUCCUGUUUCUGGUCUUCAUCAUCUUGGUGGUCUCCUGCUCUCAGAUCAGCAUUGUUAUGGUUUAUUUCCAACUCUGUGCAGAGGACUACCGAUGGUGGUGGAGGACUUUCCUGGUGUCAGGGGGCUCAGCGUUCUACGUCCUCAUUUACGCAGUCUUCUACUUCGUCAACAAGCUGGACAUUGUGGAGUUCAUCCCCUCUCUCCUAUACUUCGGCUACACAGCGCUGAUGGUCCUGUCCUUCUGGCUGCUAACGGGCACGAUCGGCUUCUAUGCAGCGUACAUGUUCAUCAGGAAAAUCUAUGCUGCGGUCAAGAUCGACUGAGUCGUCACUGACGCUGCUGUUCUUGUUGGGGUUUUUUUGUUGUUUGUUUUUGUCACAUUCUGUUUUUUUAAUGUAUAUAUUUUUUAUUCUUUAUGUCCAACAAGCACUGACUUGUGUGUCGAGGGAAUGGAGAGGGGGUGUUUUUUGCGGCGCAACAGCCCCACCCACUGGCCUCAUGGGGGAAGAACAGCAAGGUGGCAGAGCUAAACCAGUUGUUUCUCUCUCCCCCUCUCUCCCCCCUCGCUUCUAUCCCGCCCCCCCACCACCCCCUCCUUAUUCCAGGACAGAGACCCAGAGGGAAUUCUCCUCUGAUGGGACAGUUAAUGUCCUCUGCUGUUUCACCUUGCACACAACACAGUGGGCCAAAGCUUGUCAAAUGAUGGUUUCUGCACGUCUUUUCAUUUGUGUUAGUCUAACUUAUGCAGGUUUUUAUUUUUGUCAUCGCAGGAUGUUUCUCUGACCUAAUUUCUUUCAAUCAUCUUCUGGGAAGCUACUUUCAUCUGAUUUCCUUACAUAAAUUCUGUCUUUCCAUUGUCUCCGUUUCCAAAUGUCACUUUGGUUUCAUUUGGGAGACUUUGGAGAUCAGGGAAGGAUUGGGGAGAACUGUGGUUAUGGUGUUAGCUUUGUUGUGUCCAACUGAUAUGGAUGGAAAUUAUGCUGGGAAGUUCUACAAUGUAACAGAAGAAAGGAUAAAUUAAAUGUCCUAUUAUUUUUUACUUCAGUUUCCAUGUCCUGGUGUGACCAUGUUAACCACAACUGUAAUCAAAAUAUUAGCUUCUCCUUCCAAAACAAUGGGUCUCUUAUUAAUGUCAAAAUAUUGGUCCAUUUGCUCUAAAUGAUACAGAACAGCUCUGAAUGGGACUAUGAACCCGAUGCCCUAAAGCAGCGGACUGUUCGGUGGAGCUGCUGAAGUUGGAGAAAAGGAAAAGCUACAUGCAACGCAGAAAUGACAAGGAGCAGCAACCUUUUGUAUUUGGAAGACUAAAAUACAAAUAUGUGUUUGUUGCUUUCCGGUAGAAACUUACAAAAAAGUACAGGUUUUUCUGCUCAUUAACCGCGCCGUCAGUGUAGCCUUAGCAGUGCUGGACGCCUGCUGAACUAUGCAGUAAUGGAAGGAAAGAGCAAAAAUGCUCAAGGACCAUUUUUGUUGAGAAAUGAUGCCUCAUCUCUUUCAUGAUACAUGUUUUGUGUGUAAUAUGAAAAAUGAUUUUUGAAAGCCAGCGAGAUCGCCUCUGUGUUUCUGUCAGCAGUGGCAGAGCAGUGAAAUGUAAUCAACAGUGAUGUUAUUAGAGCUGUACAGUCGAUGUUCUUGUGUAGACUGAUGCCCAUAUUCAUGGUUUGCGGCUUGUGUUUUUUCCUUUUUCAAAUCUGCAAAUCUGUGGUUGUUUCAUUUUUCCACUAUAAUCUUUAAGUUGCUUUUCGAACAUGGGUGGAACCUGAUUAAAACUUUUGCUUGACAAGCAACUCAACCUAAGGGCUUCCCACAGACAAAUAAUGUCUUUUACUGUAGCUAAAUUACACAAUAUAUAUCAAUCAAAUGACACCAUAGUCAUGACAUUAAAGGAAUAGUUUGACAGUGUGUGAAAUACACUUAGUUAGCUUAAAGCUACAGUAGGUAACUUGUAAAAAUAACUUUUUGUCAUAUUUACUAAAACUUAAACUGUAUCCUGACAGUAGUACAUGAGACAGAUAAUCUGAAAAAUGAAUGAAAACCAAUCAGAGCCAAGAAAAAUAGAAAGACACUUUAAGUUGGAGGCUUAAAGAUAGUAGAUUGUUGUUGAGUCUCAUUCUCAGUGUCUGUAUUUGAAUGCCUGGGAAUGAGACAAUUAACUAUCUUUGUCUGGUGCUGAUUGGUUAUUUUCAUUCAGGCCCGGUGGAUUGCCAUUAGGAGUACCUGAUUUUUUCAUAGAUUAUCUGUCUCAUGUACUACUGUUAAGAUACAGUGAAAGUUUCAGCAAAUAUAACAAAAGGUUAUUUUUAUAAAAACUAAAUACUGCAGCUUUAAUACAGAGACAGAAAAUAGCUAGCCUCGAGCUCUCCAAAGGUAACAACAUUUUUCCACUGUUGAGCUCACUUAACCAGCGGCUGGAGAUAGCUUCAUAUUUAGCAUACACUUUAGUCUACAAGGAAGCAAUUAAGCGUGCUAACCAAAAUGACAAACUAUUCCUUUAAAGA